AUGGAGCAGAUGGAUUGUAAGCCUUACCAGUCAUUAUCCAAGGCCCGGAAUGAGAUGGAGCUUGCAUACACCAGCUCCUCAGACGAAAGCGAGGAUGGUAGGAACCUUUGCAAAUCCUACACAUCCCGAGAGACCCUGCCCGAUUACGGCCAGGAGAUGAGACUCAACUACAACAGCCACAGAGCCAAGCGGAAAACAGUGGACGAGCCCACUGGAGAGCUGGACUUCUGUGAAUCCACCCAGCUAGCGCGGCCCAACUACCAGGCAGAGCUUCGCUCUACUCCCCAGCACGGCUACCCACUGGGCAUGGGCUCUGAUGUGGAGACAGAGACGGAGGGUGGGCCCUCGCCCGACCACGCCCUAAGACUCUGGAUGCAGGAGAUUAAAUCGGAGCACAGCUCCUGUCUGUCCAGCAGAGCCAACUCUGUCCUGUCUCUCACUGACACCGAGCAGGAGAGGAAGUCAGACGGUGAGAACGAGCUCCCCAGCAGUCCACCAGCCCAGUUCACCUUCAGACCCCUACCCCCGCCCCCGCCCCCUCCCCACGCGUGCACAUGUGCCCGCCCGGCUCCUCACGCUCACGUUUCUGAGGCACUGCAGAGGAACACCCUGCCGGCUCGGAGCCAGGCGAUGGACGGAGAUCCCACUCAGCCGGCCGACAGAGACAGAGGCCAGCUCCACAACAGCUGGGCACUCAACAGCAACAUCCCCCUGGAGACCAGGCAUUUUUUGUUCAAACAUGGCUCAGGCUCCUCUGCUCUGUUCAGCGCUGCCAGUCAGAACUACCCUCUGACAUCUAGCACAGUGUACUCCCCACCCCCACGGCCCCUACCCAGGAGCACCUUCUCCAGACCCAUGUUCACCUUCAACAAGCCCUACAAGUGCUGCAACUGGAAAUGCACUGCCUUAAGCGCCACCGCUAUCACCGUAACCCUCGCCCUCCUGCUCACAUACGUCAUUGCAGUGCACUUGUUUGGGCUGACCUGGCACCUGCAGCCAGUGGAUGGGCAGCUCUAUGAGAAUGGACUAAGCAAACUGAACAGAGACUCAGAGAGCAUAGACAUAACCUUCACUCCCUUCGGUUUGCCCGGCCUCAACAACACCAACAAAGAUAAGGAGCUAUUCCACAGGGGGAAAGCGAUAGACCGAGGGGAGGUGGACAUAGGUACCGAGGUGAUCCAGGCCAUUCCACCUGGUCUGUUCUGGCGUUUCCACAUCACCAUCCACCACCCUAAGUAUGUCAAGUUCAACGUCUCCCUGGCACGGGACGCCCUCUUGGGUAUCUAUGGACGGAGGAACAUCCCCCCUACACACACACAGUUUGACUUUGUCAAGCUCCUGGACGGGAAACAGCUGAUCAGACAGGAGGUUCAGACGGUGGCGGAGGAUUCCAACGCCUCUCCCAGGAACCUGAUCCUGGCCUCCCUCCAGGAGAUGGGCUUCAUAGAGUACAUGGACGCUGGAACCUGGUACCUGGCUUUCUACAACGAUGGAAAGAAAAUGGAACAAGUGCUUGUUCUCAGCACUGCCAUCGAAACCAUGGACGGCUGCUCCACCAACUGUAAGGGGAACGGGGAAUGUGUAGCAGGUCACUGCCACUGCUUCAGCGGUUUCCUGGGACCAGACUGCUCAAAAGACUCCUGUCCUGUCCUGUGCAGUGGCAAUGGAGAUUAUGAGAAAGGUUACUGCCAGUGUCACCCGGGCUGGAAGGGCCCAGAGUGUGACAUCCAGGUUGACCAGUGCAUCGAUCCCACCUGCUCCAACCACGGCACCUGUGUCAACGGCAUCUGUAUGUGCAGCCCUGCCUAUAAGGGCAACAACUGUGAACAAGUGGACUGCCUGGACCCUCAGUGUUCUGGCCAUGGUGUUUGUGUGAAGGGGGAGUGCCUGUGUUCACCGGGGUGGGGAGGCCCAGACUGUGAGAGUCCCCUGCCAGCAUGCCAGGAGCAGUGUUCAGGCCAUGGGAACUACCUGCCAGAUUCUGGCACCUGUACCUGUGAUUCUAGCUGGACAGGCUCCGACUGCUCCACCGAGGUGUGUCCGGUGCCCUGCAGUGCCCACAGUGUGUGUGUGGGAGGGAAGUGCCAGUGUGAGGAGGGCUGGGAAGGGCCAGGCUGUGACCUGCAGGCCUGCCACCCCCGCUGCCAGGAACAUGGCCAGUGUAAGAACGGACAGUGUGAGUGCCACCCCGGCUGGGAGGGAGAACACUGCAGCAUCGCGUAUUACCUGGAUCUCGUUGUUAAAGACGGCUGUCCAGGCCUGUGCAAUGGCCACGGUCGCUGCACCCUGGAACAGAGCGGGUGGCACUGUGUGUGCCAGGCGGGCUGGAGCGGCAUGGGAUGCAAUGUCGUCAUGGAGACAGAGUGUGAUGACAACACUGACAACGACAGAGAUGGCCUGACGGACUGUGUGGACCCGGACUGCUGCCAGCAGUCGAGCUGUCACAGUGGGCCUCUGUGCCAGGGCUCCCCGGACCCCCUGGACCUGAUCCAGCAGAGCCAGACCCCCUUCGCCUCGCUCCUCUCACGCCUCUUCUAUGACCGUGUCCACUUCCUGGUUGGGAAGGACAGCACCCAUGUCUUCCCUGGAGACAUCCCGUUCGACAGCAGCCGAGCCUCAGUGAUCCGGGGGCAGGUGGUGGCAGUAGACGGGACCCCACUGGUGGGGGUGAACAUCAGCUUCCAGCAGUACCCCGAAUUCGGCUUCUCUGUCAGUCGCCAGGAUGGCAGUUUUGACCUGGUGGCUGCAGGGGGAAUCUCAGUUUCCCUGAUCUUCCAGAGGGCUCCCUUCCUCAUGCAGAAACGCACCGUCUGGUUACCAUGGAACCAGUUUGUCGUUGUAGAGAAGGUCACCAUGGCGAGGGUGGAGUCUCGCCCCCCUGUAUGUGACCUGAAGAACCUUGUCAGUCCCUACCCAAUCGUCCUCCCCUCCCCUCUCACCCGUUUCGCCAGCACCUGUGAGGAGCGAGGCCCUGCCAUCCCUGAGCUGCAGGCUGUCCAAGAGGAGAUCACCAUCCCUGGCAGUUUCUUAAAGCUCAGCUACCUGAGCACCCGCUCCCCUGGCUACAAAUCUCUGUUACGCAUCAUCUUAACCCACUCCAUCAUCCCCACUGGCCUCGUUAAGGUGCACGUAUCCUCCGCCAUCGAGGGACGCCUCUUUCAGAAGUGGUUCCCUGCUGCCCCCAACCUGGUCUAUGUCCUGGCCUGGAACAAGACUGAUGUCUAUGGGCAGAAAGUGUUGGGCCUGGCCCAAGCUUUGGUCUCUGUAGGCUAUGAGUAUGAGUCAUGUGCUGACUACAUUGUGUGGGAGAGAAGGAUGGCUCAGCUGCAGGGCUUUGAGAUGAUUGCCUCCAACCUAGGGGGCUGGUCCCUGGACAAGCACCACAUCCUUAACCUCCAAAGCGGUGUCCUACACAAAGGGAAUGGAGAGAACAUUUUCAUCUCCCAGCAACCUCCAGUCAUCCACACAGUGAUGGGGACGGGGAACGUGCGCACCAUCCCCUGCCCCAACUGUAACGGGCCUGCCCUGGGCAGCAAGCUCUACGCUCCUGUCGCUAUCACUUGUGGCUCCGACGGCAGCAUCUACAUUGGCGACUUCAACUUCAUCAGAAGGAUUCUACCCAACGGAUUUGCUAUUAGCAUUCUAGAACUGAGGAAUCGAGAUAUCAGGCACAGCACCAGCCCAGCCCAUAAGUACUACCUGGCCAUGGACCCUGUAAGGGAGCUUCUUUACCUGUCUGACACCAGCAGCAGGAGGGUCUACAGACUCAGGACCCUCACAGAGCCGAAGGACCUGGCCAAGAACAUGGAGGUGGUGGCAGGGACUGGGGACCAGUGCACCCCCUUCGACCAGGGCCACUGUGGAGACGGGGGCAAAGCCACCGAGGCCUCCCUCAACAACCCCAGAGGGAUUGCAGUGGACAAGCAAGGAUUAGUCUACUUUGUUGAUGGAACCAUGAUUCGCAAGAUCAAUGGAAAAGGAAUGAUAUCAACUUUCAUUGGUUCCAAUGGCCUGACUUCCACUCAGCCAUUAAGUUGUGACGCCCGCAUGGAUAUUUCACAGGUUCGUCUAGAAUGGCCCACCUACCUGGCUGUCAACCCGAUGGACAACUCCCUGUACAUCCUGGACAACAACAUAGUGAUCCAGGUGUCAGAGAGCAGCCAGGUGAGGAUCGUGGCGGGCCGGCCCAUCCACUGCCAGGUCCCUGGGAUCGACCACUACCUGGUCAGCAAGGCAGCCGUCCACUCCACCCUGGAGGCAGCCAAGGCCAUCACCGUGUCCCACCAGGGCACGCUCUACAUCGCCGAGACGGACGAGAGGAAGAUCAACCGCAUCCAGCAGGUCACCACCAACGGGGAGAUCUCUGUGGUGGCCGGGGCGCCCACUGAGUGUGACUGCAAGAUCGACCCCAACUGUGACUGCUUUUCCGGAGAUGGUGGAUAUGCCCGUGAUGCCAAGCUGAAGGCUCCCUCCUCCCUGGCUGUUUCCCCUAACGGGACUCUGUACAUCUCUGACCUGGGGAACAUCCGUAUCAGGGCCCUGUCCCCCAACAGGCCCCAGCUCAAUCAGAACAGCAUGUAUGAGAUCACCUCUGUGGUGGACCAGGAGCUCUAUCUGUUCAGUGUCAAUGGCACCCACCUCCACACCCGCAGCCUGGUCACCGGAGACUAUGUCUAUAACUUCACCUACUCAGGAGAGGGCGACGUGAGCGCCGUGGUCACCAGCGACGGCACCAUGGUCCAUGUGCGCCGCGAUGCCAACGGCGUCCCCCUCUGGCUACUGGUUCCCGGGGGUCAGGUCUAUUGGCUCACGAUCAGCAACGGGGGCGUCCUCAAGAAAGUCUCCGCCCUGGCGCAUGACCUGGCGCAGAUCAGCUACCAUGGCAACUCGGGUCUCCUGGCAACCAUGAGCAAUGAGAACGCCUGGACAACAGUAUAUGAGUAUAAUUAUGACGGUCAUCUCAUCAAUGUCACCUUUCCAACGGGAGAGGUCAGCAGUUUCCACGGCAAUAUGGAGAAAUCAGUGCGGGUGGAAGCAGACACUUCAAAUCGGGAGAAAUUCAUCACAGCCACAAACUUCUCUGCUGCCAGCACUAUCUAUACAUUACGCCAAGAGCAUGCUCAGAACACGUACCGUGUGAGUUCGGACGGCUCUCUGUGGGUGACGUUUGCCAGUGGCAUGGAGGUGACCCUGAACACAGAACCCCACAUCUCGGCAGGCGUGGUCAACCCCACGGUGGGCAAGUGUAACAUCACCCUGCCAGGCGAGCAUGCUCACAGCGUCAUCGAGUGGAGGCAGAGAAGAGACCAGGCUAAAGGGAUCUAUACGGCCUAUGAACGCAGGCUCAGGGCUCACAACAGAAAUGUGCUGUCCAUAGACUUUAACCAAGCCACACGAGUGGGCAAGAUCUAUGAUGACCACCGAAAGUUCACCCUGCGGAUCCUCUAUGACCAGAUGGGUCGUCCCAUCGUCUGGUCUCCCAGCAGCAAGUACAAUGAGGUGAAUGUGACCUAUUCUCCAGCAGGCCUGGUGACCAGCAUCCAGAGGGGUAACUGGUCAGAGAAACUGGAGUAUGAGAACGGGAAGGUGGUUUCCAGAACAUGGACCAAUGGGAAGAUAUGGAGCUACACUUUCCUGGAGAAGUCGGUCAUGCUGCUGUUGCACAGCCAGCGGCGGUACACCUUUGAGUAUGACCACACAGACUACCUGAUAGCUGUGACCAUGCCCAGUAUGGUGCGUUACAGUCUGCAGUCCAUGCUGUCAGUGGGUUACUACAGGAACACCUACAGCCCACCAGACAGCAGCGGAGCCUCUGUGAUCCAGGACUACAGCCAUGAUGGCCGCCUGCUCCAGACUCUGUACCUGGGCACGGGCCGCCGUAUCCUCUACCACUACACACGCCAGUCCCGCCUGGCAGAGAUCCUGUACGACACCACCCUGGUCACCUACACCUACGAAGAGGCCUCUGGGGGGGUGAAGACCAUCCACCUCAUGAACCAGGGCUUCAUGUGCACCAUCCGCUACAGACAGACAGGUCCUCUGGUUGGGAGACAGAUCUAUAGGUUUAGUGUGGAGGGCCUGGUGAAUGCCAGAUUUGACUACAGCUAUAAUAACUUCCGGGUCACCAGCAUGCAGGCCAUGAUCAAUGAAACUCCUCUUCCCAUUGACCUUUACCGUUAUGUUGACGUGUCUGGAAGGAUUGAACAGUUUGGGAAAUUCAGUGUCAUAAACUAUGACCUCAAUCAAGUGAUCACUACACACAUCAUGAAGCACACUAAGAUAUUUAAUGCGAACGGACAAGUGAUUGAGGUCCAGUACGAGAUCCUGAAGUCUAUUGCCUACUGGAUGACAGUGCAGUAUGACAACAUGGGCCGCAUCACUAUCUGUGACAUCAGAAUUGGUGUGGAUAACAACAUCACUCGCUACUCAUACGAGUAUGAUGCUGAUAGUCAGCUCCAGGCUGUGUCGGUGAAUGAUAGGCCACAGUGGCGCUAUAGUUACGACCUCAAUGGCAACAUUAAUUUACUGAGUCAUGGCAACAGUGCUAGACUCACGCCGCUGCGCUACGACUUACGAGACCGCAUAACACGACUCGGAGAAAUUCAGUACAAAAUGGAUGAAGAUGGCUUUCUUCACCUGCGGGGCAAUGUCAUGUUUGAUUACAACUCCAACGGGCUGCUUGCUAAAGCUUUUGACAAAGUGUCAGAGAGGAGUGUUCACUACCGCUACGACGGCCUGGGCAGGCGGGUGGCCAGCAGGACCAGUGACGGCCAGCAGCUGCAGUUCUUCUAUGCUGACCUGACCAAACCCACCAGGGUGACCCACAUGUACAACCACUCCAGCUCUGAGAUCACCUCCCUGUACUAUGACCUGCAGGGACACCUCAUCGCCAUGGAGCUGAGCAGCGGGGAGGAGUACUACGUAGCCUGUGAUAACUCUGGCACGCCACUGGCCAUCUUCAGUAGCCGAGGACACAUCGUCAAGGAGAUGCUUUACACCCCUUACGGAGACAUCUACCAAGACUCAAACCCAUCCUUUCAGCUGAUCAUCGGGUUCCAGGGCGGUCUAUAUGACGCAUUGACCAAGCUGGUCCACCUGGGGAGGAGGGACUAUGAUGUGGUGGCUGGGAGGUGGACCACUCCCAACCAUAACCUGUGGAUGGAGCUCAGCAUCAACCCCAAGCCUUUCAACCUCUACUCCUUCAAAAACAACUACCCGGUUGGAGAGUUACAGGAUGUCACCAAGUUCACUACAGACAUUAGCAGUUGGUUGCAACUGUUUGGGUUCCAGCUCCACAACGUUGUCCCUGGUUACCCCAAGCCGGAGGUGGAGAGCAUGGAGCAAACCUAUGAAAUGAUGAGGACUCAAACCAAAACACAAGACUGGGACCCUAGUAAGGUUCUGUUGGGUAUCCAGUGUGAGUUGCAGAAACACCUGAAGAACUUCAUCUCUCUGGACCGGCUGCCUAUGAGUAAGGUGAGUGGUCAGCUGGGGGCGUGGCAUGGCCGGAGGCCCCGUUUCUCUGCCAUCUCCUCCAUCUUUGGUAAGGGCGUCAAGUUUGCCAUCAGAGAUAAUGUCGUCACCACCGAAAUCAUUGGGGUGGCGAGCGAGGACAGCCGACGUGUGUCAGCAAUCCUAAACCACGCGGUCUACCUCUCCGGCCUGCACUUCACGGUGGGCGGUCUGGACACUCACUACUUUAUCAAACCUGGCCUGUUGGAGGGGGACCUGGGAGUGGUCGGCCACACCGGAGUGGGUCACGUCCUGGAAAACGGCAUCAACAUGACCGUGUCCCAGAUGACGACAGUGGUGGGUGGGAGGACUAGGCGCUUCGCUGACAUCCAGAUGCAGCACGGGACUCUGUGCUUCAACAUCCGCUACGGUGCCACAGAGGAAGAGGAGAGGGAGCAUGUGCUGGAGGUGGCCCGGCAGAGGGCGGUGGAGGAGGCCUGGGUCAUCGAGCAAAGGAGGCUGGAGGAAGGAGAGGAGGGCUCCAGGCUCUGGACAGAGGGGGAGAGGCAGCAGCUGCUCUCCACUGGACAGGUGCCCGGCUACGAUGGCUACUUCGUGCUCUCCGUGGAGCAGUACCUGGAGCUCUCUGACAGUGCCAACAACAUUCACUUCAUGAGGCAAAGUGAAAUCGGGAGGAGGUAACAGCGGCAUCUUGCUUCACUACUGCCGUGGGUUCCCCUUCACCAAAGACAGUCUGUUUUUAGACCUACAAUGAUUUGUUGUACCGUUUUUUCUAGAAUGAUGACGAUAAAAUAAGAAAAAGACA